UCAUCCGCAUAUCCAUCUGAUCUUCUUAAUCUAAAUACCAGUACUGGUGACAUUCAUCUGGUCGAGAAACGGUAUGGAGCUAACAUGCUUCACCGUUUCGACCAGAUGACGCGCCAUUCAUUAGAUUUUGUCAAAAGACGCGUGUCCACAAAAGCACACCACGUGUGAAGACAUGAGAACGCUCGAGAUUUUCCUGACGCUUGAACAACCAGACGCUGUCCCAAUCCUCACCCUCCCAUAAUCCCAUUUUGGGUGUCCAAACCCUAGGGGUUGUUCAAUCGGUGCAUAUAAGUGCUCCACUUGGCCACAAUGUUUUUAAGACGCGAAAAGAUAUGUUUCACGCUGUCAAGACUGUUCGAGCUUGUCCUUUCUCUUCCUUCCCCCGUUCUCCCAACUUUGAUCGGAAAAUUUCUCUCUUGCGGUUCCGGCAAACGCAAUCCGUCUCUGUAUACAGCCAACCCGAUACCGAUCGUGAGAUGGACAAGCCUCCGCACGACCCUAAUGAAACACCUGCGGAUGUGAUGUCUCAUUCCUUUGGAGAAGGGUAUGCUACAAGGUCAGAUGAGGAAGGUUUUGGUGGGAUUUACGGUGGAAACGAGUCAGCUUCAAAGAUUGAGGCAGACAAGUUUAUCCAUGAAAAUCACCCAGCCUAUGACAAGACGCAAGGGAGUGAGGUGAAGGAGAAGGAAAAAGCCAGGCACCAAACCAGCGCUAGUAACUAGAUUAUGAUCAUGUGCGCCCUUGGCUUGUUUACGUGCAUCCUAAUUACGAGCCCUAUGUUGGUGCUCUUGACUAUUCUCUUCUCUGUUUUGUCCUCUUUUUUCUUUUCUUUUUUUUUACCCCCUCUUGUAACUUGUAAGCAUCGAUUUUUCACGUUAGCAAUUAUCAAGCCUCUUCCAAGAGUUCCUGGAAAUCUUUAUCUGAUAAGCAAGUAAGUUCUUUUAUAUUA